AUGCUCCCAACGCGGGUAAUUGAAGUUGGCAAUAUUGGUGAUGAGAAAUUACGGCUCUUGGAGACGCAAGCGAGCACGAUCGGUCAGUACACCGCCCUUAGUUACUGCUGGGGGGGCAACCAACCGCUCAAAACGACCUGUGCCAACAUCAAUGAUCUGAAGGCCGGGCAGCUGCUGCUCUCCCAUUUACCCCAGACACUCGUCGACGCGGUCCAUGUCACGCGUUCACUAGGGAUUCAGUACCUUUGGGUUGAUGCGCUCUGUAUAAUCCAAGACAGCAUCGAAGACUGGGAAAAGGAGGCGGAACAGAUGGCAAUUAUCUACGAGAAGGCAUACCUGGUCAUCGCAGCGUCCUCGUCAUCAUCAGCGAAACAAGGCUUUUUAGGCCAUCAAAGACAAUCACGCCCUUACCAUCUCACGCUUCCGGAACAUUACGGCAUGCCGAUAGUCAUCGGGGCUCGUAGACGGCCUUGUUCCGGCUUCCACGAUGCAUAUGAUCCCAUGGACCCGCUGGCUCAGCGAGCAUGGGCCUUCCAGGAGCAACACAUGUCAACGCGGUGCCUGAUCUUCUCGAUAGACGAGCUGCAGUGGAUGUGCAGAACCAAUACCGCCUGCGAGUGCGGCGCGGGCUGCUCCAGCGUAUCCUAUCCCGUUCUCCCGGACUACUGCGAUGACACGCGACAGGCUGUCGCCAUGGGAGGCCACACCCUCCAGAACCUAUGGCGGAAGGCGGUCAUGCGGUAUAGCCCACGCAAGCUGACCAGCCCCGACGAUAAGCUUCCUGCAUUUUCGGGCCUGGCGAGCAUAUUUGGAGCCAGGAUGAAGUCGCGGUACCUGGCCGGCCUGUGGGAGGAGGAUAUUAUCCUAGAUCUCGCGUGGACGCGGGACGGAGACCAGAAGAUAUCAGUCCGGCGAAGCAAGUCCUCGCAACCAUGUGGAGAAGUUCAAGUAGGAGGGUAUAGAAAGGAUGAUGAGCUCUCAAAUCUCGUCCCAGUCGUCCCUACACAAGGAGAUGCGCAUUCCAACCUCAAUCAGGCGGCCGUGUGGCUGCUACACUUGGGAAAAUGGGUCGAGCCUGAACCGAAGAGUUUGAAGAGUCGCAAUUUUAUGCUUGUGCUUGGAAGGUCACCCAGAGACCCAGAAAAGUAUGAGAGAAUCGGGACUUAUGACAAGUCUUAUUACCAGCGUGGCUGGCGGCCACUUGCCGAGCAUGACAAGUUCACCAUGCAAACCAUCACUAUUCUAUAA